AGCGAGAAAAGAAAAAAAUUCAUCCAUUGAAGAAGGACCUUAGGUUAAGCCCCAUGGUGUGAUUCAUGGAAAGAUCACCAGAGAAUAAUCUUAGCCGAAAUGAGCACAUCAUCAUUGACAUUCCAAGAAAUGCCGCCAUUGCAUCAUCAUCAUCUUCUCAUGAUAGAAUCUCAAAUGUUUUGGAACCUUUACAACAUGAGGAAGAUAGACCUUCAACUGUUCCUCCCAUGGCUGCUCCUCAGCCAGCUACAGCUACAGCUUCUUCUUCUUCUUCUAUGCGAUCAAAUCCUAGAAGUGUCCGUCGUAGAAGAAGUCCUUUGAAUUCUGGCUUAUGGAUUUCUAUUGAGCUAUUCCUCACCGUUGGUCAGAUCAUUGCAGCCAUUGUCGUUUUGUCUUUGUCAAAACAUGAGCAUCCUCGUGCACCCUUGUUCACUUGGAUCGUGGGUUAUGCGUGUGGAUGCGUUGCCACACUCCCGCUUUUGUACUGGAGAUAUUAUCAUUCGAAUCAGGCUUCUGAACAGGAUUCUGGCCAGCAUCGUCCUAAUCUCAAUGUUGCAGCUGGACCAUUCGCCUUCUCGAUUUCCAGGACAUCUGAAGGAGAUGGUCGACAGACCAAUACCACCUCUUCUCGUGGUAGUAGAUAUCCUGGCUUCAUAAGUGCUGCCAGACUUAAAGUUAUCGUGGAAUACUUCAAAAUGGCUCUGGAUUGCUUCUUUGCGGUGUGGUUUGUGGUAGGUAAUGUAUGGAUAUUUGGAGGCCAUUCAUCUGCUGCUGAGGCUCCUAACUUGUACAGGUUAUGUUUAGUGUUUCUUACCUUUAGCUGUAUUGGCUACGCGAUGCCCUUCAUCCUCUGUACAACAAUAUGUUGCUGCUUGCCCUGCAUAAUCUCAAUUCUCGGAUAUAGAGAAGAUUUAACUCAACCUCGAGGUGCCACACCUGAGUCGAUUAAUGCAUUGCCGACUCAUAAGUUUAAGUUGAAGAAAAGCAGAAGUAGUGGCGAUGACAAUGGUUCAAGUACUAGCGAAGGUGGAGUCGUGGCGGCUGGAACAGAUAAUGAACGUGCUAUUUCAGGAGAGGAUGCUGUCUGUUGCAUUUGCUUAGCUAAAUAUGCAAAUAAUGAGGAGUUGAGAGAGCUUCCAUGCUCACAUUUCUUCCACAAAGAGUGCGUUGACAAAUGGCUGAAGAUCAAUGCCUCUUGCCCUCUUUGCAAGAGCGAAGUUGGGGAGAAGAACUCUGAUUUGACAAGCCAAGGGAUCUUGAGCUCGCUCUCUUCUGGGGAAAACGAUAACCAUCAACAACAACAACGGAGUGAACUAAGAGUUGAUAAUGGUUUGGCCAAUAAUGUUAUCUAGAUCUCCGAGAUUUGCUCUAUGUUUGAGAAAACGGCACAAGAAAGCUGUUUUGCGAUGUUCCUACACAAUAUGGGGUUUGCUUCUCAUUGCUAAGAAGGUGAAGAAAGACACAGCGAAGAUCCUGUUCUGUAAAUGCUUUUUGCCGUUGUGAAUUGGAACCUCUGAGUGUAGAAGAGUUCGAUAAUCGGUGUUGAGUUUGAGCGUGUUCCAAAUACUUGUUUUUAUUUAUUCACUGAAUUUGUCACGAGUACCACCUCUAUACGAGAGCCAGGAAUCUUUCGAGACCCUGAAAAGCUUGUGCAGCUAAAUCGCCUUAUUCGUGGACGCUCGGCGUAAAGUUGGAAUAAACCAAAUAAAAGCUUUAUACCUUU